AUGAGUGAAGAGGCUAUUAAGAAGGAGAAAGAGAUUCUGGAUUCGUUUCCAUCUGUGUGUGAACCAGGGUCGCCUUCAGGCACUCCAGGUAACUUGAAUGAUUCUCAAAAAAAAGCUCUGGCUCAAUUGAAAGAGCAAUUACAAAAAGAUGGAUAUAAGCUGAGACUUGAUGAUGCUACUUUACUAAGAUUUCUGAGAGCCAGAAAAUUUAAUGUUGCUAUGGCCAAAGAGAUGUAUGUCGCGUGUGAAAAAUGGAGGAAGUCUGCUGGUGUGGAUACCAUCUUGGAGGACUUCCAUUAUGAAGAGAAACCAUUGGUUGCUAAGUACUAUCCACAAUACUACCAUAAGAUCGAUAAAGACGGUAGACCUGUUUAUUUCGAAGAACUCGGUACAGUUAACUUAAAUGAGAUGUACAAGAUUACAACCCACGAACGUAUGAUCAAGAACCUAGUUUGGGAGUAUGAAUCAUUUGUUAAAUAUAGACUACCAGCAUGUUCUAGAAGUAGGGGUUAUUUAAUAGAGACUUCAUGUACUAUUAUGGAUUUAAAGGGUAUUUCAAUUUCAAGUGCAUAUCAUGUUCUUUCUUAUGUUAAGGAAGCAUCACAUAUUGGUCAAAACUAUUACCCAGAACGGAUGGGUAAGUUUUACUUGAUCAACGCUCCAUUUGGAUUCUCUACUGCCUUCCGUCUAUUCAAGCCAUUCUUAGAUCCGGUUACAGUUUCAAAGAUUUUCAUCUUGGGAUCAUCAUAUAAGAAAGAGCUGUUGAAGCAGAUCCCAGCAGAGAACUUGCCUGUUAAAUAUGGUGGUAAAUCUGAAGUUAGUAGCUCUAAAGGUGGCUUAGCAUUGUCGGACAUAGGCCCAUGGAGAGACCCUAAGUUUAUUGGCCCAGAGGGAGAAGCUCCUAAAUCAUUUGUAAUGUAG